AUGGAUGUUUCAGAUCUAUUCAUACGUAUAAUACUUGCCUACUCAAUGUAUACAAACGGAUUGGAUAUAUUGCGAACAACUAAAAAAGAAGGCGAAGUAGACUGCCUUCAUGGGAUUAGAUUUCUGAGCAUGUGCUGGAUUAUUCUUGGUCACACUUAUUAUUACAUUGGAACAAGCCUAACCACCGAUAACCUUAUUCCAACUUUGAUCAAUUUUCCAAGACGUUUUUACACACAAGUAAUUGUGCAAGCUCCUCUUGCAGUAGACUCCUUCUUCCUGCUCAGUGGCAUGCUAGCAUCUUAUAUAUUUUUCAAGAAGCUUAUCAAAGAUAAAACUAUUCGAAAUGUUCAGAACCCACUUAUUUCUUGUAUUAUUGUUCUUCUUUCCAUGAUAACUCCAACGUACGCUGUGAUAAUGUUAUUCGACGUCACUCUGUUCACCUACGUGUCUUCUGGACCAUUUUGGAGACCUAUUGAAAAGAAUGGAUGCCGACUUAGUUGGUGGACGAACUUCCUGUACAUGAACAACUUUCUUCUUCAGGACAAAGAAUGUUGCAUGGGAUGGACGUGGUACCUAGCCAAUGAUGUCCAACUCCAUUACAUCGUUGCACCCAUUCUUUUUAUAGCAUUUGCGAAGAACUUUCGCUGGGGACUAUUAUUAGCCUCUGUGAUGAUGAUAUGUUCGUCAACAAUCAAGCUGUGGAUAAUAUUCCAGAAGGACUUUCCACCGGCGCCAAUUCUCACGGCGAAACUACAGAUAGUCAAAAAAUUAGAUGAAUACUGGAACGAUGUUUACGUGAGACCGUAUGUGCGAUGUGGCCCGUUUAUAGUAGGAGUGGUGGUCGGGUAUCUUCUCAAUAAGCUGACAUGUGAUCGAAAAGACAACCACGUUAAGAUCCCAAAGAAGUGGGUAGCGCUUGGUUGGUCCGUUUCCACAAUUCUUGGACUUUACUCAGUGUUCGGUCUGUACAAUUAUGCGCAAACUGGAGAUAUCUCCGAGUGGUGGAAAGGACUGUAUGUUGUUGCUGGAAGACAUGCAUAUGCUGUAACAUUGGGCUGGAUCGCGUUUGCUUGCUCUACUGGAAAUGGAGGUCCGGUCGCUACUUUUCUCAGUUGGAAAUUUUUCAUGCCUUUGUCGAAAAUCACUUUCUGUGCAUACCUUCUCCAUCCAAUCAUGCUACAGAUUUACAACUUCAGCAGACCGCAACCUUUCCAUUUUACGACUUUUUUCCAGAUGCUUCAACACACUUCUGAAGCGAUUUUCGUGUCGUACCUGGUGGCGUUUUUCUUUGCAUUGGCAUUUGAAAAACCGUUCACAGUGUUCGAUGAGAUGCUGAUUCCCGUGAAGUCUCGAACGUCUGCAAUGCCAAAAUCUAUUGAGCUCAGAACAUCAAACGGAGAAGCAGAACCAUUGAAAGCUUAA